AUGGGCGUGCCGCGAGUGAAUGGACAACUCUCGAUGACUCGUGCCUUCGGAAAUGGCGUGCACAAAAGAACGGGAGGCCCAGACCCAAGAGAUCGUCCGGUGACGGCCUUGCCCCAGCUUCAGGACUUUGAGCUCGGGGCCAAUGAAUUCUUGAUCUUGGGGUGUGAUGGCAUCUCUGAAGGCAGCUUCCCGAAUGCUGAUGUGGUACAGUUUGCAGCGAACAGGCUGCAAACCAGCGAUCCAGCGCAGGUCGCAUGCGACAUUUGCCACGAGGCCAUAAACAAGGGCUCCAAGGACAACGUCUCCUGCAUCAUCGUGCUGCCGAGCCACGGCGGGGCAGGUGCUUCUACUGGAUGCGACCACGCUGGCGGUUGA